AGUUUUUCUUCUUGUUUCUCAAUGAGUUUAAACUUUAAACUACCAACCAAUAUUUUCUAUCUGUCGUUCCUGUUCAUCUCCACCGGUACCAGUUUACAAGGGUUUUGAGAUCUUUCUUAUCCUUCUUCUCCAUGUCUCAUCAAGAAUUCGAUUCAGAAGGAACUCUUAAUAAUACAAGGUCACAGUUAGCUAGUGGAUUAACGGAGUCACUUUCUACAUUUGAUUCCGAAAAGGUAGUGCAGGAGUACCUCCAACAAUCAGUUGUCAAGGGAGUUGAUGAUCAUCUUGUUGAGUUUUCUGAAGCUUUAAGAACUGUGGCGAAGGCCCUUAGACGGGUUGCUGAAGGAAAAGCUUCUGCCAAAGCUGAGGCAGCUGAAUGGAAGCGAAAAUAUGAAUUAGAGAGAACCCGGAAUCUGCAACAGGAGCAUAAAAAAUUGCCAUCUCCAGAAGGUUAUUACGAUUGUAAAGGAAAAAAGACAGAGAACUUGACGGAUCAGUGUUCACUGGAGAGCCUAGCUAAUGACAAAUCAGAAAAAUGCUGUGGGAGGGAUGGAAUUUGCUCCCACGAAGUUCUUCGGGAUGGAGAAACAGAUUCCGAUUCUAAGAUGAUCCAUAGUAGAAUGAGGAGAAAGGCAUCAUUUCGACUUUCAUGGGGCUGCAAUGGAAGUGGCCAACACAAACAUGAUAUCGUCUCUUUUGAAAGAGGGAAUAUAACAACUGCAGUACGCAGCAGUAAGCAGAUUUCCUUGAGGUGGAAAUCACAACCACAGGUUGUGCUUAUUUUGACGAAACCAAAUUCAACUACCGUUCGGAUUCUUUGUGCAGAAAUGGUCAGAUGGCUGAAAGAUCAGAAGAAAAUAAGCAUAAUUGUGGAACCCCGGGUGAGAUCUGAACUUCUCACAGAAUCGUCUUACUUCAAUUUCGUACAGACUUGGGAAGAUGAUAAGGAAAUAUUGUUGCUUCACACAAAAAUUGAUCUAGUUGUAACUCUUGGUGGAGACGGAACUGUUCUUUGGGCAGCAUCGAUGUUCAAAGGACCCGUUCCUCCUGUUGUCCCGUUUUCCCUUGGCUCUCUGGGCUUUAUGACUCCUUUCCAUAGUGAGAACUACAGAGAGUACCUUGAUGCAAUCCUAAGAGGACCUAUUAGUAUCACAUUGCGCCACAGGCUGCAGUGCUUUGUUAUUAGAGACGGAGCUAAAGAUGAAUUAGAAACUGAAGAACCUAUUCUUGUCCUGAAUGAAGUGACAAUUGAUCGUGGAAUUUCUUCUUACCUUACGAAUCUCGAGUGCUAUUGCGACUCCUCCUUUGUAACGUGUGUUCAAGGGGAUGGAUUGAUCAUAUCAACAACAUCUGGCAGCACUGCAUAUUCAUUAGCAGCGGGAGGAUCGAUGGUUCAUCCACAGGUCCCUGGUAUCCUCUUUACACCCAUCUGUCCGCACUCCUUAUCAUUUAGGCCUCUGAUAUUGCCAGAGCAUGUUACACUUCGGGUGCAAGUACCUUUUAACAGCAGAGGCCAUGCUUGGGCGUCAUUUGAUGGCAAAGACAGAAAACAAUUAGCAGCAGGUGAUGCACUUGUGUGCAGCAUGGCACCUUGGCCAGUGCCAACGGCAUGCCAAGUUGAUUCCACCACUGACUUCUUACGUAGUAUUCAUGAGGGGCUUCAUUGGAAUUUGAGGAAGCCUCAGUUGUUUGACGGCCCUCGAGAGUCAUAAUGUGGAAGAUGAAACUGUUAAGUAACAUAUCAGUGGGGAGAUGUAAUGAUCACUAGUUUCACGAGUAGUCAGAAGGUCAUUUGGAUUAUGGAUGGAUUACUGUUCGGCGAUUGUAUUUUCUGUGGAGGAGGCAAUUUCUAAUGUUAACUACUACUUGUCAGUUGUGUUAUUUUUGAUUUUAGAUGCAAAGCAGAAUAUACUAGUAUUAGGUAACAGUGGUUAAGUUUUCUCUUACACCACUGUUACACCAGUGUCUGUUGAUUUUAGAUUUCUGUUUCUGUUAUUGACACGUGUUGUGUCUCUAUUUGUUUUCUGUUUAUUUCCGUUACUCUGCCACUAUAUAGUGUAUGGCAAUCAUGUCUGUCUUUGUAACCGAGUUUAUCUUUUCUGAAUAUGAAAACCAUUUCUACUUUGGUAUCA